AUGGCUUGGACUGCCUACUGCAGCAGUGAUUGGCUCAGUGGGCAGUCCAAGCCAUUUCCUGAGUGCCGUGCCCAGGAUCAUGAAGUGGAGAGGAGCGAGAACUGGAGCAGCAUUUUAAACAGCAGCGGAAGGGGAACCAGUGAGAUAUACAAUGCUAUUAUGUUCUCCACGUGUUACAGUGAGGAGUUUAUGGAUAUAUGCCAAAUUAUUAAGAAACAUCUUCCUGUACUGAGUUAUGAUAAAAACUGGUCUAAGUACACAAGAAGCGGUAUUAAGUGUGUGGCGCGACGGGCGCCAACACUGGGAAAUAUGCUGAGCCCCAGUCUCUACGUCGAUAUCCCCACAACACAACCAACAUGGUUAACCAACAGAGGAAGCUAUAAGUGCGGGCAUGGCAGAUGUAUUUGUUGCAGCCACAUGAAAAGGAGCAGAACCUUUGAAUCCACGGCAAACGUUUCUCUACAGAGCAGAAGACUUCAGAUGAAUCGCCUCACCAUACUCAUUAUUACCACCAUUAUUCUGGUCUUUGUGUUGAUUUUUAGCCUCACGAUUGGGAUUCUGAUGAACAAAUAUAAAGUUGAAGAUCUGAAAGCGGUUGUUCUAUUGUCCAAUCACAGUGCAGCUACUGCCUCGGAAACCAAUGUGAUCAAGGAAUUUACAGAAACACCUUGUGCAUCUCUAGCAUGUGGUGGAUUUUUGAGGAGCUCUGAAGGAUCACUGAGUUCCCCCAAUUACCCAUUCUUCUACCCCCCAAACUGUCACUGCUCUUGGAUGCUGGAGGCAGGUGAGGGGCGUCUUGUCCAGCUAAAGGUCACAGUCUUAGACGUGGGACGUUAUGGCUUCUGCCUCUUCAACUGGUUGGAGGUUCGAGAUGAAAACAGGUCGCAAAGAUUCUGCGGUCCUGUGCCGCCCACCACUUUCAUUUCCAGCUCCAGUUGGUUGCAGGUUCAGUUUGUCUCUGAUGAUCACACUGGAGGUACAGGCUUCCAUGCUACAUACCGGAUGGUUGAAGUCACUCAGGGGAGCUGUUCCUGGGAUGAGUUCUUGUGUGACGGAAGACGCUGCCUCUUACUUCCUUCCCUGUGUGAUGGCAUUUCCGAUUGUGCUGACCAUAAAGAUGAAGAGAACUGCAGCCAGUGGCACUGGGAUUGCGGGGGCUCGCUCAGCAGUCUGCAGGGAUCCCUCUUCUCCCCCAAUCAUCCAGAUCUCUAUCCUGGGAAAACAGUAUGUCGAUGGCUUAUCUCUGUCCCUGAAGGACUAAUCAUUCAAAUUCAGUUCCACAAUUUCAGCCUAGAAUCAGAAAAGGGAUGCACGUUUGACUAUGUGGAGGUCCAUGACAGUGCUGGAUUGGGAAUUGCCAGCUUAUUGGGACGGUUCUGUGGGUCUGACGUCCCACCUACCCUCACUUCCUCUGGGGCACAGAUGACCAUUUUGUUUGCAGCAGAUGAAGAAAUAGCAGACGUAGGAUUUUAUGCUACGUAUAAAGCUUUUAAUGCCACAGAAAAUGAAUGUGGUUCCAUGGACUUGAGAUGUGACAAUGGAAAGUGUGUACCAUUGCAAUGGGCCUGUGAUGGAUGGCUGGACUGUCCUGAUGGAAAGGAUGAGCAGGGCUGUCUGGACAUACCAGAUCCUGAACCAGAGAACCCCUGCCAGCCACUAAAGGUUCCUCUGUGUCAGGGCCUGUCUUACUCUCUCACUGUGUUCCCAAAUCUCUGGGUUUCUCUUCUCGAGCAGCCAGCGAUCAGCGAGCAAAUGAAAGGUUAUCAGAUACUUCAAGAACUGCCAUGUUUCCCUGCCUUGCGCCCAUUAUUGUGUGCCUUGCUGCUUCCCAGUUGUUCACCUGAUGGGGGCGCUCUGCAACCGUGUCGCUCCGUCUGUCUGAACGCAAUGAAUCUAUGUCUGACACAGUUAGAGCAACUUGGUCUGUCAUGGCCAUUUAACUGUGACCACCUACCACCCCAGGGUCAGCAGUCAGAGUGUGUGAUUCCCUAGAAACCCUCUGAUAUAUUCAGAUCACUGAAAUCUCAGUAUAAUGCGUAUAAUGGUGAUAAAUCUGUAUCGUAUCUACUGAUAACUAAUCCGGAAAACUGUUUCUGAAACGUCAGGUGUAGCCAUGGUCAGCAGCACUAGAUUCGUGAGAACUUCGUUUUACUCCUUACUCCUGACAUACACUGUGAUUCUAUUUUCCACGACCUUUCACAUUUUACAUGAAAAUAUGAGUCAUUUGGCAAACGCUGGACCAAAUGCCUUAUGAAAAAUUCCUUUGUUGCCCAUAGCAACCAAUGACAG